AUGAGUACUUCUAAUUUUAAAUUGGCAGCUAUGACGUCGACAUCAAUAACAAGUACCAUUACUACAUCAGUAGCAGUACCAAGUUCCUCGACACUCACCUGCAAUAGUACGGUUGCACCAUCUUGUAAUACGACAACAUCGGUCGUAGCCACAUGUCAAAAUUAUGAAGUUUCAUGGAAUGGUCAUUGUUAUUAUUUAGAUGGAUCAGCUGGUGUUUGUGCAUCGGGCUACAGUCAAUCGACAAAUGCAGUUUUAACAUGUAUUAAAUCACAAUUUGUUGGUAAAACGUAUAAAAGUACAAUAUCAAAUAAUUGUUGUAUUUGGACAGCUGAUACUUAUGAAUGUUAUGAACUGACUAGUAAUUGUAAUAGUGCUGGACCAUUUACCGGUGCACCGGUAUCUGGCUGCUUAAAUUUACAGCAACGAAAUAGUGCUCAAUUAACAUUUUGUGUACCUAACGAAGAAUUUGAUUGUACGGGUUCUGAAGAUGACUCUUAUCAUCCAUUUUAUGAUGAUUGUCUUCAUUAUUGGCAUUGUUUAUACGUUGGUACGGUUUAUCAACGUGCUGUUCUCCGAGAAUGUCCUGAUGGUACUAAGUUCGAUGCAGAUUUAAAAAAAUGUGAAACAGAUGUACUGGUGACAUGUUUGCCAAGACCAACACGACCGAGUACAACUACACGACGAAAAUGGAAGUUUUCUCGUGUAACCUAUCAUCGACGACCAAAAUUUACAGUAUCAAUUGAAAAAAUACCAUUAGUAUCUGAAACAAAAUUUUCAACUAAAGUUUAUGUUAAAAAACUAAAUGCUUGGUUACAGAAGGGAAAUUUUCUUGUUCCAACUGAUCAUCAUCAUCCACGACAUACGACAAUUUCUAAUGACAAUGAUUUGAAUCACACAAUAGCACCACUUAUUACAGAAUUUGAUUUUCAAGUAUUAACCACAUUGCCAGCAUUCCCAUUCGAUCGAUUUACACCCAAAUCAAGAUUUGCUGUAAACAAGUCGAAUCAAAAACUAUUGCAACCUGGUGAACCGAAUGAAGAAGGCAGUUUUUAUUCAUCCAUAUCACCCAGUACUACACUAUCAACUCUAUUGACAACAUCUGCAAGUGUAACAAUGAGCAGUGAAGUUAUGCGAGAUACGACAACACUAUCAAAAUCAAGUAUGACUACAGAUAACGCAUUUGACACUUCACAAGUUUCUACGGAACAUGCUACAACAAUUGGAUAUGCUGAGUCGACCGAACAGAGUACCUUGAACACUGAAGAUCAUUUUCAAGAAACAACUGAAACUGUUUCAACAAUAAAACAAAAACGUAUUUCGAAAAAAUUAAACACAACAGUAUCAUUUGAAACAAGUUCAUCCGCUCCUAAAUCUCUUCAUGAUCAUCAUUCAUCUCAUGAAGAAAAUAAUUCAAUUACCUUAUUACCAAUUGACAUAAUCAAUGCUCGACGUAUCAUUCAUCAAUUUAGAUCACGACCACGACGUUCAAAUAUGACAUUGUACGUAUUAACAUCGGACGAACAUAAAAUUCGACGAUUUUCUUUGAACCAAACACGAGGAUUAUUAAUGCCAUUAAAUUUAUGUAAAAGCCGACGACUGAGGGACAUGUCAAAUACAAAUACAUUGAAAAUAGUUAAUAUAGAUGAACAAAUAUCAAAAACACAUAAUAUUGCUAUCAAACAUACAACAUUUGCUUCAUGUUUUCAAUUUCUAAUUUUGUAUUAUUUUUAUUACAGCAGUUUUAUAUAA